AUGAGCGCCCCGAAGAGGGCGCUGCUGACAGCCGCGCUUGCGGCUGUCUACGCGUUUACGACAUUUAUACCGCUGGCAGAGGCUAGGUUAGAGCGCAGACCGACUGGUGGGAAGCAGUUGCCGGUGCCACUCCGGUCGGAUGCUCCGAGGCUACACAGCGCCUUCUUCUCGAGGGACCCUCUCAAGCUGCCUCAGAAUGUCACCCCGCCUUCAAGUACCAACGCAAACCUCCCGGAGCGCGCCAUAUUCGGGCCGUUGUCGAACGACACCAUCAAGAAGGCUGCGGCUGUCACUGGCACCGUGGCGCUGACAACGGCAAUUGGCUAUGCGUACGUCCGGCGGUUGCUGUGGAACCACCUAUACGGCAAGUACAUCCGAGAUGAUGCGCCUGGAAUAGCGGAUGCACUGGGGCACGUGUUGUUCACGAAGGACGACCCAGGAAGGGUUGCAUUGAAGAGGAGGACUCUAUUUGAUGUGCUCGCGGCGCUUCUGUUGGCGCCGCUUGAAAGGUGCCCGUGGAUCAGAGGGCUUCUGAAAACCAACAUCAGGCGCAUUCCCAUAGGAGAAGCCAUUGAGGAGGGUUCGGUCACGGCGCUCUACUUCCACUCCAACAACGUACAUCGCAUGCUGCAGGAUAAGGGCUACCGCGACUUCACGAAAAACCUCGCGCAGAUCCAGGAGACCAUGAAGGAGAGUGGACGCAAGUUCCAGGUUGUCUACGUCAACGUGGACAGGAAGCAGGUGGAUGCCGUAGACCACUACCGUGACAUGCCCUGGUACGCGCUGCCCUUCGACGACAAGGAACGCGUAUCGCACCUGUGCCAACUCUACGACAUCACGGGGAUCCCGAGCGUUGUCCUGCUGAACUCGGACGGAAGCGUCAUCAACGACCGUGCGCUCUACCUCAUGGCGAACAAGCCCAACAACUUCCCGUGGAAGGUCGAAAGUCCACUCGACCUCAUCCCCGACACUCUUGUCAACGGCAACAACCAGGCGGUGCCGAAAGCGAGCCUGGAGGGCAAGAUUGUGGCGCUAUACUUCGGAGCAGGCUGGACGCGAUCAAGCAAGGAGUUCAGCGAGAAGCUGCAGGAAUUCCACAGAGCGGUGGGAGAGAAGACCGACGGCAAGUUCGAGGUGGUAUACGUCUCGAAUGACAAGAACCAGACCGACUUCGAAAAGGAGCUGUUCGACAACAACGGUAACUGGUUGGCGGUGCCUUUUGAGGAUGCCGACUCCAGGCUCAUCCUGCAGCAGUACCUCAAGGUACCCAUGGUACCGGCAGUGGUAAUGCUCGACCCCAGCGGCAACGUCAUCACGGCAGACGGCCGCUUCUACGUAGAGGCGGACCGUGGCGCCAAGGCGCUGCCGUACGCCUCCUACCUGAACAGGAACGGACGGCAACUGGUGGAGGACGUGGCUGUCAACGUAGACGCGUUCGCCCACCAGCCGGUGGUCAUCGUAUUCGCGGACGACGUCGACACCACCACCCAACAGGUCAUCGAAUCGCAGCUGGCGGAGGCCGCCAUGCACCACGCAAACCACCGCAAGGGAAGGCAGAUGAAGUUCUUCAUCUCGAAAACGCCUGACAAGCGUAGUGGCGCCAUACGCUCCAUCUGCGGCGUCGAGAAGAACGCCAAACCGCAAGCGGUAGUGCUGGACCUGCUGGCACAGAAGGUCUACUACGACCCCAAGCUCACCAACAUCGACCAAAACUCCCUUCUUGCCCUUGUCGACAACUUCUACCACAACAAGCUGAGGAAGCGCACCGUCACCAUAAGUUGA